AUAUAGUAAAUAUUUUAUAAACCAUACUAACAGUUUGGUAAAUAAUUUUUUUACGGAACCCCAUUUUGGUCAUUAACUCUCCGUAACCCUCCCUUUCCUUACCCGCUCACUCUAGAAGCCAGAUAUCCGGCCAACCACCAUCGCAGCGUCCUUACAUCCGCCUACUCUUCCGCCUCCGGCAUCUACCUCCUACUCAGCAAACUGCCGCCUCCGGAGGCCGAUAAGCAAAGAAUGUCCAUAAAUCAAGACGACUACUCACCGGCGGAAACCCUAAUUAUCUUCGACCGCCCUAUACCUCUCAUCCGACGGCCCAUACCAGUCGGAGAAGGAACAGAUGAUUCCUUCGUCCUCGGCUUCAAAGACCCUCAAUCUUGGGCAUCCGCAUACAAAUCGUGUGAGUCCAAUAUCAUACAACAAUGCGAGGCUGGUGUUCGGAUCGGUUGCUCCGUGAGCGCGUCCAGCAAGUGCGCCCCACCAUGGUGGAAAUCUAUGAUCGGCGGUGGUGUAUCCAAAGAAGAAUUAAUCGAGAGAGAAAAGUGCGAAGAACGAGAAAUGUCGGAAUGUUUCGAAACUUCGAGAAUGAAUUGUCGUAAAUUUGCGGAAGAUAAGUGUUUGCCGGCGUUUACAGAUGCUCGAAUUGUGGUAAAAGCCGGCAGUGGUGACGAAAAAGCGAAGAAGUGUGUGUCGGAGUUGAUUGGUAAGGUUUGUAUGGGGGAAAAUCAAAAGAGGGUUGGUGGUGUUGAGUUGUGGACAUUGAAAGGUUCUUGGUCAGAAAUCAAAUCUAGAAUUGGAUUUACGAUUCUCAGAGGAAGUGAUCUGCUUGAGAAGCAAUUCUGAAGAGAAAAUCGGCUAUGAAUUCAGAUUUGGGGGCAGAAUUUGCAAAGGAUCCAUCCAAAUCCAAGAGAACUUAUACAAUGGUAAUUUUUGUUUAUACUAGUUGUUAAUUAGUUAGUAUCAAUAGUUGUAAUGCCUUGAAAUUUUUCUAGAUAAAUAUGCUUACAUGUUCCAAUA